CGCGUUUGUUUUUGAUGCAUCUUCCAUUCCUGUCUCAAUCGCGUUCGGCAUCAGUUCGGUUCAGUCGCAAUUAAGCAGUGUAUAUUUCCGAUACAAAAUCAUACAAAUUCCUUAAUAAAUCGGUGGAAAAUAGUGACAAAGGAUAUUCAUAAUGGCAACCCCUGCCCCAACUGGAUUGGAUGUUACGGAACUGAAAUUCACCCUCCAGAACAAGGUUCCGAUUUUCAAAGGCGAUGGCAACGUGAAGGACGGAUGCAGCUUGCUGGCCGCAGCCAGUGUCCACGGGUUGGUGUUUGCCGGCACAACAGGACCCCAGAUGAAAGUUCUGCAGCUGAAGAACAUUACUCCGGACAAGGUGAUUGACGAAAUAGUGCCGCUGCGAACGGUUCCCCUUUCCUCAGAGGCAUUCCAGAUGGCAGUCAGUUCGGAUCACGGCUUUCUGGCGGUGGAUGUUGUCGUGGGCGGUGUCCCGAUGAUCCAGAUCUAUUCCGUGCCGUCAUUCCUGACCCCGUCGAUUGUAAAAUUACACGAAAUAAGGACAUCGCCGGAAGGUGGAAUCCGGAGCACGCAGAUUCUGUGGAAUCCGGUGAUACAUAAUAUGUUUGCGUUGCGAACGGAAAACGGAGCCCUGUCCGUGUACACCCUGAAGGAACCCAGCGGAAUCGAGUUCCAUUCGCUGGACAAGGCGGAAGGAGCAAUUUGCGCCUGUUGGAGUCCUAAAGGCAAACAGUUGGUAGUUGGGUUUGCCAAUGGGAAACUGAUGCAAUACAAGCCGGAUCUGAAACCGGCCCGAACUAUUGUGUGUCCUCCUGAGGUAAUGGAAGGGCCUUUCGAUGUAAUAGCUGUCCAAUGGCUAUCCACGUAUCAGUUUGCUGCUGUGUAUCUUCCGAAAGCAGAGGAUAGUGUUCCUUCCUUAUUCAUAGUAAACGCUCCGAAAGCUGGGAAUCCGACCUUUAUCAACUAUGACGAUAUAUGUUACAGCCAAAGUGGCCCCAGGAAGGGACAGGUAUUUCUCAUCCACAUUCUACAGUGGAAUAUUCUGCUGAUGGCUUCGGCUAACAGCAUGGAGGUGGGAAUUCUAGGAACUACGGAAACGGGAGAAACUCCCACUUGGUACCAAUGGACGACAACGGACGAAGCCCGUGCGGAACUGCCUUUGUCCUCGGAUAAACAGGAAACGUUGCCCAUUGGAUUUGCCCUUGAAACCGGAUGCACCCAUGAAGUGACCAUAGCUGAGCAAACCAUCCCAGUUAUGCCUAUGAUUCAUCUUCUGUCCACCUAUGGUCUGUUGGUAUCAUUCAACAUGCUUAAUCUCAUACCCAAUGUUCCGAAAAUAUGUUGCCCGCCGAAACCCGUUACCGAUACGUCCGGAAAAUUCGAAAAAGUGGACAUCAGCAAACAACAGCCAGCUCCUUCUGCCGUUCCAACACCAGCACCAGCAGCAGAAAUGACUUUUACCGUUCCAGCGGGGGCCACAUCGACUCCGGCCAUUGCCAAGACCAAGUCCUUCUUCAGUCCGAGCGAGAACAAAUCUCCUAUCAAUCUGUUCGGUGUACCGACGACUGCAGCAACUGCAGUGGCCGCUCCUACAGCAGUUGCCCCGACGUUUGGUAAGCAGAUUACUUUUGGUACAUCGACUGCCCCAACAACGGAACCAGUCAAGACGAGUCCAUUCGGAAACGUAGGUGGUUCGGUGCCGUCUUUUGGCGUUCCGGGUAAACCAUUUGCACCGCCCACGGUAGCUCAGCCUGCGGCUCAACCUUCGCUGCUGAAAACGGCGCUCAAUCAACAGCAACAACCACAUCAGCAACUACAGCAGCAGCAGAAGACUUCAGCGGAUGCGUCGAAACCGUUCAUAACGGUUCCUCCAACGUACACACCGCCGCCUCCGGCUGACAUUAGUCGCUCCAAUUCGUCGGAGAGCGUAUCCAAGCAAGCACAAAAGCAACCCCAAAAGAAGCAGGAGUCGACCGACGAUACCAACCUGGUUAUCCGUACGAUGAUCACCGAAGAGAUUCGUAAAUUCGAGAAAGAACUGACAGACCUUCAACAGCGUUGCAAGACCCUAAACACUACAAUCGGGUCCAAAGAGGAAUCUACGACCAUAAUCAAGAACCUGAAGGAACUUCAGGAUCUGAGCGUACAAGCAGCAGAAAGCACCGAGUCUCUGACAUCGGAUGUUCAGGCCCUGCGUCUGGGUUUGAAUGAAGCGUUUGCCAUGGUGGCCGAAGCCAACAGCAAGAACGCCAUCUAUAAGCAUCCGAGCCCGAAUCAGUUCCAGGAAACGCAUGCCAUGUCCCAGUCCAGUCGGCGCCAGUUGGCCAGUCUGCAGAACAUGCUCGCUGUGAAUGAAAACCAGCUGCAAAUCGUGAACAAACAGAUCGAUGCCCAGUGGUCCGUUAUUCAGGAAGCGAAUAGGACAAAUUCCAAGCGCAGGAUGCAUGUUCCCAGUUUGGAAGUGUUGUACCAAACGCUUUCCAAGCAGCAGGAGAUCCUGAACAGGCAAAAGGAAAAGCUGAGUUACAUCAAAGCUAAGCUGGGAAUGCGUGAGAGCAUCCGGGGAUUGGAGAAAGGGAGGAAGAAGGAUUUGGGUGGGACGGAUAACGUCGAUUCAUUGACCGAUUCCAUCAUUUCGAUGUCGAUUGCCGACCAAGUCCGUGAGGAUGCUCGCCGUCUGAGCGAGGCCAAAAUGAGUUCGCUUCGUGACAUGUUGAAGAACCGUAAGGUUGUUACGGUAAAGCCAAGCCGACCGGAUCGGGUCGGUUUGAAUUCGGAGGUCGUUCGGGAGCGUCGCAAUGAAGUUCGUCGAAUGGACUCGGAAAAGACGAAGAUGGAAACAACUGUAAUCGCGAGGCCGUUAGCUUCUAUUAAGAAGAUCGAGGAGAAGCCGAAGGUGCAGCCUCAGAUGGCUCACCCGGUUGCAGUUCCAGCACCGACGAAACCACCUGUCGCAGAACCGCCGAAGGUAUUUGAGCUACCCAAAGCUUCAAGCAUGCCUAACUUCGGAGCUAAGGCCGUGCAACAGCCAACGGCAACUUCACAAAGCGGAAUUGGAUUCGCUGCAGCAGGUCCAACUUCUACCACUAUAACGGUAGCUAAACCUGCACCAGCAGUAUUUGGUACUUCGGGAAGUACUGCGCCGCCAUCUGUGUUCAGUUUCGGACAACCCACAGCACAACCGUUUGGACAAAUUUCUGCCCCGAAGGAUGCAGUCAUAACGAAAGAGACUACACUGUUCGGAAACACCACAAUCAAACCAGUGGCGGUUAGUUCGACGACCUCUUCUAAGGAUAAGGAAAAUCUGGAACCAGUUUCGAAACCCGUGGUCUUCGGAUUUGGCAGCACGACGAUACAGGCUAUACCCAAGGCGGAUAGUACGAAUAAUACGGAACCGGUGAAACCUGUAGUGUCCUUUGGGGCGGCUGCCAACAGUAAGCCAGCUUUUUCAUUCGGUGCAUCUACCGGGGGAGCUAUGCCAUUUGGAGUAUCCCAAUCUACGGCUCCGGUGCUAAAUCUCACCAAGGAAAAGCAGCCUGAACUAAAGAAAGACGAGAAACCCAAGGAAGAAGCCAAAAAAGAUGAACCUUUGCCUCCAACUUUCAAAGUUUCCAGUGCUUCCGAAGAGGCUACUAAAUCUGCCUUCCCAGCAUUGACCAAUCUGCUUCAGAAAGUGGAUUCUACAACUGCAGAAACCUCCAAAGCACCGAGUUUCUUCAGCACCGUAGCGAAAACGACGAGCUCCAACAUCUUUGGCACUUCCACCGCAACCAUUGCCCCUGGCACCGGACUUUUCGGUAGUAUAAAGCCGCCUUCAACAACGGCGGCCACUACCAGCGCUUCCAGUGGUGGACUAUUUUCCAGUUUCAGUGUCAGCGGAACCGAAGCCUCUACUACGACGACUACAGCAACCUCCGCAGAAGCAUCAGUAGCUCAAGCCACUUCAUCAACCGCGUCCACGACGACCCCUUUGUUCGGAUCCGUCAAGCCUGCGGCCACAACCACGGUCACUAGCAGCACGGGAUUCUCCUUCGGGGGCGCUAGUAGCGGUUUUUCGUUUGCAGCAGCUGGCGCUGCUAAUAAGCCGACCGACCUCUCCGUCAAGACAGAACCUGCAACCAGUGAAGCAACUCCCCUGUUUGCUUCAGUCGCAUCUAGCGCUCCUAGUUCUGCUACAACAACGGUAACGACCACAAGCACUUCCACCGCUUCGUCAGCUGUCCCGUCUUCUUCGACAGUAACUACUACUGCAACGACAACCACCACUUCUUCCGGCUUCUCAUUCGGUUCCGUUACUUCGUCUUCCGCAACAACGAUAACCACAGCCUCCGAUACAGCUACCCCGACUUCAACCACCGACGCCACAUCGAAUCUGUUCGGUUCCUUCAACAUCUGUUCCCCUUCGAGUCCGGCAGCCCCUAAAGCCUCUUCCGGGAACAUUUUCGGAACCGCUUCUUUUGCUACCCCCAAAUCCGAAGCCACCACGUCCAUUUUCGGAGGUGGAGCCGCUGCCGGAACAACUUCUGCAUUCGGUGCGGUCACGGCCGAGACUUCGAAACCCAUUUCCGUGUUCGGAUCAACGGCAGCAGCAGCUGUUACCAGUGCUAGCAGUCCGGCUGGUACGGGGCUUUUCGGAUCGGUUGCUACUAGCGGGCCCGCCUCAGGAGGAUCAAUCUUCGGAACGGCCAGUGCAACUAGUUCUCCGUUUGGGGCCGCUUCCGGAGGUACCUCCGGCAGUAAUCUUUUCGGUUCAGUUAGUUCCCCACCUUCCAGCACCGCUUCCAUUUUCGGAGGGGCCACAGCAGGCACACAGCAACCAGCAAGUCCGUUUGGGGCGGCAACCGUAGCUCCUGCCACUACGGCCACCAACAUUUUCGGAAGUGCCACUGCCCCAAGCAGCGGCGGAGGAUUGUUCGGAUCGGUUGCUAGCCCUUCGGCUGCAGGAGGAUCCAUCUUCGGGGGUACUUCGGCUUUCGGAGGUGUUGGAGCGACGGCCAAUACCAGCACAGGGAAUAUCUUCGGUGGGGCCAGUUCCGGUGCUUCAACGGGUGGCUUUGGGACAUCCGCGUUCGGACAGCCCAGCUCGCCACAAUCAGGACAGUCGAUUUUCGGUGGUGCCACAACCGGUGCAUCCGGAUUCGGAAGUAGCAGUUUUGGGUCACCAACACCGGUCGGUGGUGGUGGUGGGGCAUUCAGUACCCCUACGACCGGUAGCGUAGCGCAGAGUGGAUUCGGCUCUCCCGGUACGUCCGCGUUCAACAAACCUGCCUUUGGUGGAACACCAGCAUUCGGAGGAACGCCAUCGUUCGGUGGAGCACCGGCAUUCGGCGGUAGUGCUGUGUUCGGAGGAUCUCCGUCCUUUGGCAGUAAACCGAUGUUUGGGGGCUCAAGCGGAUUCGGACAGGCACCGUUGAGCCCGUCUAGCCAAUCUAAUAAUCUGUUUGAACAGCUGGGAUCUUCCUCGUCCGGAGUGUCCUUCGGCAAUCUGGCGCAGCAGCAGGCAGAAAAGCCACCCCAGUUCGGCGGGUCGUCGUUCUCCAGUUGGCGAUAGAACGCAUCGAAUAUUAAGGUAGAGUAUAAGCGUAAAAUUGUAACGAUUGUUCUAUGUUAAAAUUAGAAUCUUAUGAAUACGUUUUAUUGGGCCAAA